AUGAUCAAGCAGUUGAUUGGAAUGGAGUUGGCGUACAUCAACACCAACCACCCAGACUUUGUAGGCGGCCAGGAGGCUGUGAGCCGUAUUAUGGAGAAACGCAAUCACAGUACUCGAGGCCACAACCCGAACCCACAGCCACACCUCAGCGACCAAGUGCCACUACAUCCACUGCACCCGACAGCAGCUCCGGUAGACAUACAGCAAAACCCGCCCGAUUCAGCCUCGGAGGACAAGGCCGAGCACCCUACUUAUGAGGUGGAUGGCAUGCAGCCGUCGUUGAGUGCACACGCAAAGGGUAUCCAUGCAUCGCAAAGCGAAUCGACGCUGCCCAAUUUGGCGCAUAACGAGCGGUGA